UCAAACCUAGAAGCCAACAAACUCAACGCCGAAGUAGUCACACAGGAGAAAACAUCGAGUGGAUGUCUCGCAAAUUUGAAGCCAGGGGAUCUUGACAUCAGGUAAAGAAACAAAAUGGAGCUGAAACCUUUAUUGAAGAAGCUGGGCUCAACAGUCCGCGCCAUCUUCACUUUCUCCUUUGCUCUGCUGGUCUUGGGCGUGAUGGUGUGGGCCUAUGUUGAUGGUUUCCAGCUGGCGACAUCCAAGUAUGGAAUCAUCUCCUUUGGCUUUUAUGGACUGCUCCUCUCACUCCACGUGUUGGUCCAGAGCUUUUUCGCUUUUAUUGAGCAUCGGCGAAUGAAAGCGCGCACAAACCCCUGCACCUUCACCAAAACCAUCGGCUUCACUAUUUCAGCCUACCAGGAGGACCCUGUGUAUCUGAGAGAGUGCCUCAACUCCAUCAGGGCCCUCAAGUAUCCUCCUGAGCUGCUGCGCAUCAUCAUGGUGAUAGAUGGGAACUCAGAUGAUGACCGGUAUAUGAUGGAAAUGUUCAGGGAGGUGUUCGCAGACCAAGACCCUGGCUGUUAUGUGUGGAAAAACAACUACCACACUUGGGACCCCACACAGGCACAGCAGGAGGUGAAAAUGGCAAUAGGACCAGGAGGGGAUGCAGAUUAUGCCAUAGGUGAGGAUCCACAGCGAAAAGACGUUGAGCACCUGAUCCAGAGCAAGAGGUGCGUGUGCAUCAUGCAAAAGUGGGGCGGCAAGCGGGAGGUGAUGUACACAGCGUUUAAAGCACUCGGGCCAUCAGUUGACUAUAUACAGGUGUGUGACUCUGACACCAAGCUGGACUCUCUGGCCACCGUGGAGCUGUGUAAAGUGUUGGAGAGCAACCACAAGUACGGUGCAGUGGGAGGAGAUGUGAUGAUCCUCAACCUGAAAGACUCUUACAUCAGCUUCAUGAGCAGUCUGAGGUACUGGAUGGCUUUCAACAUCGAAAGGUCCUGCCAGUCCUUCUUCAACUGUGUGUCCUGCAUAAGUGGUCCUCUGGGUCUCUACCGGAACGAUCUCCUCCAACAGUUUCUGGAGUCCUGGUACAAUCAGAAGUUUUUGGGAACUCACUGCACAUUUGGUGACGACAGACAUCUUACCAACCGAAUGCUGAGCAUGGGCUAUGCUACAAAAUACACAGCUCGCUCCAAAUGUUACACGGAGACACCAGCUCAGUUCCUGCGCUGGCUCAACCAGCAGACUCGCUGGACAAAAUCCUACUUCCGUGAGUGGCUCUACAACGCAAUGUGGUGGCACAAGCACCACCUCUGGAUGACCUAUGAGUCCAUUGUCUCAGGUAUUUUUCCUUUCUUCGUCACCGCCACCAUCAUCCAGCUGUUCUGGACAGGCACUGUGUGGGACAUCCUCUGGAUCCUGUGCUGCAUCCAGCUCAUUGGGCUGGUGAAAGCAGCGUACGCCUGCAUCCUGCGCAGAGACAUAGUCAUGGUGUUUAUGUCCCUCUACUCGGUUCUGUACAUGACCAGCCUGCUGCCAGCUAAGUACUUUGCUAUAAUCACCAUGAACAAAAGCAGCUGGGGGACAUCAGGCCGGCGUAAGAUAGUAGGGAACUACAUGCCCCUCCUGCCUCUGUCGGUAUGGGCCACCAUUUUAUUAGGUGGGCUUGGUUAUACAAUCUACAAGGAAAGUCAACUGGAUUGGUUUACUCCUGCCAAAAUACUGGAGACAAAGUUUAUUGUGUAUGGCUGCGUGGCGUACAUAUUCUACUGGCUGUUUAUGAUGCUCCUCUACUGGGUGUGGUUCCGUAAACUAUGUAGGAAACGCAGCCAAAAAUACACUGUGAAUGUGUAGGUCCGUAAUGUCCAGUGAAGAACAAAAAGAAGGAAGAUAAUUUAUUCAAAUUCAACCAUUUACUUUAUUUUCUUCAGCGAGUUUCAUUUAUUUAUUUGUCUCACAUUUCAGUAACUGAUGGACAUUGUGAAUAUUGAUGCAAUGGAUAACGAUGAUAUUACCAAAGCAUUUUUUUACUCAUAACAAAAGUAUCACAAAUAUAUUUAAGGACAAAUGUUUGAUUCAUAUGGAGAUGUUGUUGCACAUUUACAUUAAACUGUACUGAGGACCUUUGGGUCCAUGCAUUUCUCAGGUUUCUCUUUAUCAGAUUGAGAUGGCCUUCCAUCAGAUAUUUAUACAUGAUAUCUAAAGAUCGGAGAACUGUUAUUUACAUUAAAAAAUAUAUUGAAGGUUGUGGGUAAUAGAUGUUAGGUUAUGUGUGUUAAUAUUCAGACGAUGUGUCCACAGAUGUGUAUGUAGAUUACUUUAACAAGCAACUCUAAUUUUGCUUGUCAGUUUAGUGACCAUUACUUCACCACUGUUGUCAGUGCACUGGAUCCUGGAUGGCACUUUUACUGUGUUGCAGACUUACUUGAAAACACAAUAAAAAAACCCUGCAGAUAUGGUAUUGUGCAGUGAGGAAAAAGUGCAAGCAGAGAAAAAAGCAGCCUCACCUCUAUGACAAAAAUGGACAAUGAUGCUGUGGCUGAGGAUCAAAACAUAGCAUCACUGACUGAAACCUGAAGCAAUGUGGACUGAUGUUUCUUUACUUAUUGUGUUUUAUGUUGUUGCUGUAUAGAUACUCUCUUGACAGUCUGGGUGUACUGUGUAAGAUGCACUUUGUUUACUAUGAUAUUACAGCGAAAAAUAGACAAAAACUUUUUUAUGUAUGUAUUCUAAGCAAUACACCUGUUGUAAUGGCUGGAAAUUGUCUGAA